AUGGUGCAGCCAUUGACUGUGCUACAGUGGGUGAGCCUGACUCUGCUCACGCUCCACCCUGCUGGUGUCGUUGAGGCAGAUCUCUUUGAGUCGGACUUCGCAGACCGGAAGCCGUGGCUGGACUCUUUCAACAGAAUCCUGGCCGGCUACAACGACAAGGUCGAGAAUGAAGGAAUCGAGGUCUUGCCGGCAAAGAAAAAACGAAAAAGAGCUGGAAGAGCCCCUGCCCAGUCAGCUGAUGGCCAGACAGAAGGAACAGGUGACCAGGAGUCAGUGAAGUUGGGCACCUUGCGGCAGCAGGCCAUCAAGAACAUCCUCAUGGGCUGGACAAAGAGGGCCUGGCUGCUUGCAAGCAGCCACAUGUCAUGGGCACAGGGCGCAACAAGUUCUGCCCUCAGCGACGCUGUGCUGACCUGGAAGUUCCUGUACACUGGCUCGGAUACACCUCCAAGCUGGCGCCCGACUGACUGCCAGUCACUGGCUGCUCAACAGGCAAGGCCAUGUAGAAAUUCAAGUAAUUGA